AUGCCAUACAUUGAAGUAAACCAAAAACGUCUCAACUACUCUGACUCCCACCCCAACGGGCCUCCAGCCGGUGGUCUAACCUACAUCUUCAUCCACGGCCUAGGCUCCUCCCAAAACUACUACGGCGGCGUAAUCCCGCACCUAACACCAAACCACCGCUGCAUAGCAAUUGAUACCUAUGGCUCCGGAAGAUCCGCUUUUACAGGGUUGAGCCAGUCUAUUGACACUAUUGCGGAUGAUGUUGUGAAGGUCAUGGAUGGACUCAAGGUGUCAAAGACUGUGCUUGUUGGUCAUUCAAUGGGAGGUACGACGGUUUUGCAGUGUGCAGCCAAGUAUAGUGAUCGAGUUGAUGCGGUGGUGGCUAUUGGGCCUGUGCAUCCGACAGCUAGCACGGGGCAGGUUUUUGAGAAGAGGAUUCAGAUUGUGUCUGAAGAUGGAAUGGAACCAAUGGCUAACACAAUCCCCAACGCAGCAACCGGCUCAAAAGCCACCGCGUUACAGAAAGCGUUCAUUCGAGAACUCAUUCUCGGUCAAUCGCCCGAGGGAUACAUCUCGCUCUGCCAUGUUAUUUCUGAAGCGACUGCGCCGGAUUAUGCUGCGAUUAAGGCUCCGUUAUCGAUCAUUGCUGGUGCUGAGGACAAGGCUGCACCGUUGGAAGGAUGCAAGCAUAUUAUCGCGAAUGUGUCUAGCCCUAUGAAGACGCUUGAUGUUUUACCUGGAGUUGGACAUUGGCAUUGCAUUGAAGCGAGUGAUGAGGUUGGGAAAUUGAUUUUGAAGUUUACAAGAUCGCAUAGAGAUUAA